AUGAAUUUUAUUCUGAUUAUUAUCUUCAAAGCUGUGCUCAUCUGGUCAUUUGGCCCACAUGGCAACUAUAAUUGAGGAAUAAAGCCUAGUCACUUUUAUCUUAAACAUAAAAUUGACUACAAAAAAGCAAAUCCUUCCCUAUUUAGCUGAAUUACUCAGAAUAUUUGUUUCAGCGUUUGCACAAUACUAACCGAAGAUAAGGCAAAUUCGCUUGAAAUGAAUUUUUCAAGUGUUCAAGAUUUAGCAGCUACAAAUUUCUCAUACUCAAAUAUUUCUCCUCAAAAUUUGCUUAUUCCAAUCUAUCCUUCAUUUCGCGCUAAGCAAUCCCUGAUACUAUCUCCCAAUCAGGAAUUUUAUUUUGAUGGAGCUUCAAGCAUCAUAGAAAACCUAAAAUUUAAACUAUAUGAUUAUUUUAAGUGGGUUUUAUCAAUAAAUCCACUCUAUCGAGAAAAAGUUUCAAAUUCUCAUAUAUCGAAGUCAAACAUUUUUUCAGACUUUUAUAAUCCACCUUAUCAUUUAAUUGUGCUUUAUGCAUUUUUGAAUUUUUUUAUUUGUAAAAUUCUGGAUUUAGCAAAUAGAGAUGCCAGUCUCAAUUUUCAGCUAAUUACUAUAGCUGGUCUCAUAACACAAGUUUAUUGCGGCUCUUUCUAUUUCUCAUACCAAAACAUAUUAUUUUUGUCAUAUUGUCCUACAGGAUAUUUACAAAAUACAAGCACAUAUACCUGCGAUUUCAAUUUUCUUGUUACGCUUACCUUGACUUUAAAUAAUAAGAUUAUUCUCGACCAAGGAGGAGGGAUUUUGGUAGGAAAUUCGAUAAGUAAUACUUAUCCAAAUUAUGAUGCAAAUGAUCCUUAUCCAGCUGAAUCGAGAGGCUACUACUUUACAUCUAAUAGUUAUUUAGCAUCACCUCUUAUGCUUGCUCCAACAUUUUCAAUUGCUAUUUGGAUAAAAGCCCUAUCAGCAGGAGUAGUUCUAGUCAAACCUAUACCAGCAUACCAAUGGUCUUUAGAAAUUUUGCCCUCAGGAUAUCCUAUGCUUUCCCUACUUAUGUCAGAUUCUUCAACUACAAUUUCAGUAGCAGGAAGUUCUAAUGUUCUGGAUGGAUGAUUCUUUGUUUCAUUUGACGGACACAUUAAUACUGACGGGACCACAACAAUAAGCUCGUAUAUUGAUGGAUCAUUCUUACAAUCUUUCACAACAGCAACUGCAUUGUAUAUGCAAGACAGUACUUCAGGAAAUGCAUAUAUAGGACAUGAUAUCAUUGGAUUUACAGGCUUUAUUUGGAAAGCGAGAAUUUAUUGCUUAAAUAAUUAUUACUUAGAUGAAUGGCGAACAUCAGGAUGCACAUCAACCUGCACAAAAUGUUCAGCUGAUUUAAGUUGUCCAAGUGAUUGUCCACUAGACAAGUAUAUUGAUGGCUCAUCUUGUAAAGACUGUAAGACAAACUGUAAUAAAGGAUGCGUAAGUUCUGAUACCUGCAAUUUAUGUUUGACUAAAGAAUGUGCUACAUGUACAGCAUUCAUAGGGACAGGCUCAUGCUUGACUUGCAUUACGAAUGCUGUUAGUGAUGGAAAUGGAGGUUGCACUUGCGACGCAUAUGCAUUUUGGAUAUCUUUAACUGAAUCAUGUGAAAGAUGUGAUGUGCUUUGCCCGAAUUGCCUAAAAACAACUUAUUUUGAGUGCUCAGCUUGCUCAGGGAGCUAUCAAUUAGUUGGAAAUGUCUGUCUAAAUGGCUGCCCUUAUGGGUUUAGCGGGUCUUGCUUGCCUGUAACAACCCCUGUGAUAGAUAAGUCUUUCAAUGUAGAUUUUCAAGGCUUUUAUGGAGUUUUGACAACAGGAACCAGCUCAUCAUCUUUUCAGUUUUUUAACACUCCAGAAUCAGUUGACCCUAUUCCUGCCUAUAUGAGAGGCUUAUAUUUUGAUGGGAGUACUUAUCUUUUAUCAUCUAUAUCAAUACUCCUUUCUCAUAGCUUUUCUAUUGGAUUAUGGCUAUAUGUAACAGCGAGUGGGGAUAUAUUGGAAAAACAAACUCGGCUUAUUUUAUCAUCAUCAGGGGCUACAGCUAUUAUGGAAGAUCCUACCCAAGCCACAGCUUCUAGAGCUUUGUCUUCUGGCACAAUACUUAGUGAUUGGAAUUAUUUGUCAGUUACUUUUGCAUAUUCAUCUGGUAGUACAGCUAUCACAAUCUAUGUAAACAGUGUUGUAGCUUCAACCCUGCCAGUUUCAAAUUAUAUUUAUAGAGACCUUGCUUCCACAAACUUAAUGGUUGGCAAAAGCAGCUCGUCUGGGUUUAAAGGGUUUAUUAACUCCUUUCAGCUCUGAAAUGUACCAAUCAGCUCUUUUUCAAGCUAUAUUAAUGCUGUAUGUGGAUCAGGGCACGCUUGUUUAUGGUCUUGUGACUUGUCUCAUUUUUGAAGCGGAUCUUCUUAUAUAUCCUGCAAUUCAUGCAGCAAAGGCUGUGUAAGAGCCGGAAAUUGCAAUGUCUGUGAUGAUUUAUUAUGCUUAAUAUGCACUGGUUUUGGAUCAGGAAAAUGCACUCAAUGCGUUUCUAAUGCUAGUAUUAUAGGCACAAAUUGUCAAUGCAAUUCUGGAUAUUAUUGGAAUAAUAUUAAUGAAAGCUGUGCUCUAUGCGAUAUAUCAUGCAAAUCAUGCACAUCUGCUAAUUGGUAUGAUUGCUUGACGUGUUAUAAUGGAUUUUAUAUGGUUUUAGGAAUUUGCUCUUCAAGCUGUCCAUCAGGAUAUAAUUCUUCAUCUGCAGGUGUGUGUGUAUUUUCUCAAGAAAAAAUAUUUGAUUUAAAUUUGAAUACUCUGAAUGGUAUAGUGUAUGAUAAUGCAAGCUCAAUUCCAGUUAUAACUGGAUCAGCAAAACAAUUUUAUCCAGACUACGAAGCCGAUGACCCUAUUCCUGCUUACCUAAGAGGCUUCUAUUUUAAUGGAGAAUCUUCAAUUUUAAGGAUGCCAGAGUACUCAACCUAUACAUCGCCAAAACUUGUUAUAGCCCCUACCUUUACUAUUUCUAUAUGGCUUAACACUGAAACGUCCUAUUCUGCUAUAAUUUCAAAGCACGACAUUUCUGAAAAUUACUCAACGCUUUACUAUAUUUCUCUAAUAGCAGGCAAGCCAACAAUUUCUAUUCUAAUAAGCUCAUCUGCAUUUUUUUACACAUCCCAAGCAUCGCUUAAUAAUUAUGAAUGGAGCCAUAUUGUAUUUACUUUGAAAAUGAACAGUGGCUCUAAUAUAAUUUCAAGCUAUGCAAAUGGGUUAUUUGACUCUUCUACGACGACAGGAUAUGGAACUUUUAAUGAUGUAGGUCCUCAUACCACAACGACUAUAGGAGCUCAAAUUAGCUCUUCAGCAGUUUAUAAUUAUUAUCAAGGCUUUAUUUAUACUAUUCAGAUUUUUAAUGCACUAAAACCUAUAUCAAGCCUAUCGACUACAUCUUGUACUGAAAUAUGCAGUGUUUGUCCUAUCAGCCAAGUAUGCAUACCUAAUUGCAAAAUAAAAGAAUAUUGAAGUGGCCCAGCUUAUAAUAAAUGCUAUAAUUGUGAUAUUAAAUGUAAAAGCAGCUGCAGAGACUGACGAGAUACUUGCUCGCUUUGUGAUGAUUUAUUAUGUGAAUCCUGUAGUGAUUAUUCAAGCUGUGAAACUUGUAAAGAGCAUGCUAUUAACCCUGAUUCAUGCGCCUGUGAUGAAAACUAUAUACUUGAUGAUACCCAAAGUAAUAAAUGUAUUCCAAUUGAGUCGGGCGGAUUUAAAGGGGAAGAUGGACACUUUCAUAAAUGUCCAAAUUUAUGCUCAUCUUGUGAGUCUCUUACAAAAUGCACAGCUUGUUUAAGUAAUGCUAGUCUUAAAAGCAGCCUAUGCUAUUGCAAUUUAGGAUAUAAUGGGAUAAAUAGUUGUAUUUUAGUCUCUUUUUCAGCAAAGCUUACAGUUUUGGCUGAUAACUCUUUAUAUCUGAUUUUUUCUGAAAGUCUAGCCAAAAAUCUCUCUACUUCAGAUUUUGUUAUAAUAAUUGGAAAUCAAGGAGAAAUUUCAUCUAAAUUAGAAAAAAUGAAUGAAACAUGCUACUAUAUUUCUUUAGCAAUUACUGAGAAAAUUUCCCAAGGUACUUUAGCUAUUAUUCAAUUCUUAGAUUUAUCAAAAGUAAAAUCGGUAUCAAAUGGCAUCUUAAAUUCAUCAGAGAUUUCUGCAAGCUUAAACUCAUAUGAUCCAGAAUCAAAUUCGCCAAUUACUGAGUCAGUCUCAUCUCAAUCUAAAACAGCAUCUCAAACAACUGUAGCUAUAGUUGCUUCUAUGUCAAUUAUAAAUUCAAGUCCAAGCUCUUUAUGAUGCCUGAUGAACACUAUGCAAAUUCUGAGCUACAUGACUUUAUCAGGGAUCCCUUUUUCAAGCAAAAUGAGAUCAUUUUUGAAUAAUUUGAAUUCUUUUAAUUUAUUCCCUAACGUUUUCCCAUAUUUUAUAGAUAAAAGCAAAGGAAAUACUCCAUAUUAUCAAGCUGAAGAAUUUGGAUUUGACAAUGAUUUAAUCCUAAUAAAUCAAGGAAAUGAUUUUACAUUGCUAUUAGGCUCAAUUGCGGCUCUACCUUUAAUUUUAUAUUUUUCUCGAUGCUCUAAUAGAUGGAUAGGUAAUAAAUUUACAAAAAGAUUGGGAGAUUAUCAAUAUGCCUUUUAUUUUAGGUUUUGGAUUCAAUGCUAUCUUGAGUUAGGAGCAGCUGCAUGUAUUGGACUUACAAUUUUUGAAUUUAGCAAUAUUACACAAAUUGCAAAUUUUGCUUUGUGUUUAGGUCUUUGCAUAUUACUAAUAGCUACCCCAGGUGCAUAUUUUUGGUUUUCUUAUAAAAAUAAAGCCCGUAUCGAAACCCGUGAUAAAGCAUUUUUUGCCUCAUUUAGCACAUUUUUUUAUGAAUUUCGAACAGAUAAAACACUGAUAACAACCCAAUACUAUUUUCUAUUUUUUGCUAGAAGGCUAGUUUAUAUAAUAAACUUGGUUUAUUUGAGAGAUUAUCCACAAACCGAAGUGACUGUGAAUAUUGUUCUUUCCUUUUUAACUAUGAUGUACUUAGCUUUGUGCUGGCCCUUUGAAGAUCAAAUUUUACAAAUAGCCAACUUAGUGACUGAAAUAUUGAUUUUCUUAAUAAUGAGCGCUACAUCUGCUUAUUUAUUUAAUUUUGAGCAAGAAGUUAUAGAAGGGAUUGAGGAUUCUAUUAUCAUCAUUGUCCUAGUUAUUAUAGCAAUUCAAACAAUUUCUUCAAUAAUUAUUUUUUCUAAAACAUUAUACCAAGCUAUUAAAGAAAAACUUGUGAAGUCAGGAAUUGUCAAAGAAAACAAUAAUCCGCAAUGUAAUCGUAUUAGAAAAAUUCAAAUAUAA